AAUUAUGUAUACUUUUAUUAAUUUACCAAUUUUGAGAUAUACAACAAAUAAAAUUCCAAUAUUAUUUCGUAACAAAACUAAUGCAUGUACUUCAAAUGAAUUAACAGAUCUGAUAUCCAGAUCUGAUCCAGACAUGCCAAUUUCGAUUGAAAAUCCAUAUAAAAAGAAGCAGCAAUUAUGUAUUUUAUGUAAAUUAAACAUUGAACCUGAUUAUAAAAAUGUACGUUUAUUAUCUCAAUUUCAAAGUCGUCAUACAGGUAGAAUUUAUGAAAAACACAUAACUGGAUUGUGUGAAUACAAACAGAAGAAAGUAGAACAAGAAAUAAUAAAAGCACAACAUGCUGGUUUAAUGGGUUAUAUGACUAAGGAACUUAAAUUUUGUCAUGAUCCAAUGUUAUUUGAUCCUAAUUUUCCAUUUAAAGCACAUAAAUAUUAAAUGUGAAAUACAAAUUAAAUUAAAUAAAUAUAAAUAUAUAUGUAUUAUAAAAAUAUAAAAAUAAGUAAAAUAUUAUUAUAUAAUA